AUGCCUAUCGCAUACACUCACCGUGGACCUUUGUUGUACACAAUCCUCGCUUUGAGUGCAGCCGAAAUGGCAAACUCUGGGAAUGGCUGUUCCGAUCGCCUUGUAACCAAGGCUUCCGCCUAUUACGACAGCGCAAUUAAUCAACUACAGCUAUCACUGGCCAACCCCAGCGAUGCUGAAGAGAAUAUUUUGGCAUGUGUGCUCUUGUCUUCUUUUGAGAUAUCCAACGGACAUCGCCCGGCCUGGCUGCAACAUCUUAAUGGUGCUGUGGCUAUACACAAUCAUUUUGCAUCAGACAUCAGUCGAGAAUGUGCCUUGUUUGCUUACCAAUACUUUGGCUUUAGAUGGAUACUUCUGGAGACGACCAUGCCGCCGGGAACUUAUCCACUAGAGGAAGUGACAAGCGAAACCUCGAUGACUGCCCAGCUUUUACAAAAUAUGAACACAAUGCUGCAACAGACUAUCGAUACAGUACCCACCGUUGCGAUGCAGAAUAUCGACAACAAGCUUGGCUGCUCCUUGGAAUACCUCCAGCUGGUCAACAGAAUAUCAACCCUGUCCGCUCUCAAGUACCAUUGUCAGACCGAUGAGAUCGUUGCGGAAGAAACAUCUGAUUUAUACUCUACAACGGCAUUGGCGUUUGACGAUGCGUUAAGAGACAUAGUCUUUGUGGCCAAAGCUCACGAUAGCUACCUCGAGCAUAGCAGCCGGUGUUUCAAACUUGCUGGAAGGGUAUACCUUCGUCUGAUCUGCCUCGAUGCUAGUCUCACCCAGUUGGCUCUGAAUGCGAUGCAGACCGAUUUGCUGCGAGCAUUACGCUUGGUCAUCAGCGAAGAUCAGCAGCGACGAGCCUUUCCGAUGUGGCCUUUGUUCAUCGCUGGUUGCGCGUCUUUCGAGGACGAACACCGAAAGGCUGUUCUGGAUAUGUUUCGCACACUCGAGAGAAAGUGGCCGAUCAGUAACAUCUCCUAUGUCCGAAACGUUACCACCCAGAUUUGGCAGAGCCGAGACCUGAACGGAUAUGACAAUAGUCGAAGACACGACUGGCAGACACUCAUCACGACAUUCGGUUGGAAGCUCGCUCUGUCCUGA